AUGCACGGGGGCAAGAGAGGGCUGGUAGCACCCAAAACACCUUUUUGGAAAAAUAUUGUCCGGCGCUCCAGUGAGACUAGUUUCCUGUUGGGGAAUGCCCAGAUAGUGGAUUGGCCGGUGGUUUAUAGCAAUGAUGGGUUCUGCAAGCUGUCUGGCUACCACAGAGCUGAGGUUAUGCACAGGAGCAGCACCUGCAAUUUCAUGUAUGGCGAGCUCUCUGAUAAGAAGACUAUUGACAAAAUCAGACAGACCUUUGAUAACUAUGAGUCCAAUUUCUAUGAAGUCCUGCUGUAUACAAAAAGUAGGACACCAAUAUGGCUUUAUAUGCAGAUAGCCCCAAUAAGAAAUGAAAAUGAUAAGGUGGUCCUUUUCCUCUGUACCUUCAGAGAUAUUACCUUAUUCAAGCAGCCUAUUGAAGAUGAAUCCACCAGAGGAUUGACCAAACUUGCAAGGCUGACACGGGCACUAACCAACAACCGCAACCUUGCACAACAACUAGCACCACUGGGCAAGACCGAGGUUAGCCACAAGCACUCCAGACUGGCUGAGGCCCUCCAACUAGGAUCCGACAUUCUCCCUCAGUAUAAGCAAGAGGCCCCUAAGACCCCACCUCACAUCAUCCUCCAUUACUGUACCUUCAAGACCACCUGGGAUUGGGUCAUCCUCAUCCUCACCUUCUAUACGGCCAUCAUGGUGCCCUACAAUGUCUCCUUUAAGACCAAGCAAAACAACUUGGCCUGGCUGGUGCUGGACAGUGUCGUAGAUGUCAUCUUCCUGAUCGAUAUUGUGCUGAACUUCCACACCACCUUUGUGGGUCCUGCCGGAGAGGUCAUCUCUGACGCUAAGCUGAUUCGAAUGAAUUACAUGAAGACCUGGUUUGUCAUUGACUUGCUGUCCUGUCUGCCCUAUGACAUCAUAAAUGCCUUUGAACACGUGGAUGAGGACCACAUUACUGGUACCUCGCCAACAAGUCAUCUUCGAGACUCUUCACAUUUUCAGAGGAAUACCACACGUGUAGAAGACUCUCUACUCCCAGGCCUCAGUAGCCUAUUCAGUUCACUAAAGGUUAUCCGGCUGCUUCGGUUAGGCAGAGUAGCCAGGAAGCUGGACCACUAUCUGGAAUAUGGUGCGGCUGUUCUGGUCCUGCUGGUGUGUGUCUUUGGCCUCGUAGCCCACUGGCUGGCCUGCAUCUGGUACAGCAUUGGAGACCAUGAAGUUAUUGACGAGACCACCAACUCCAUCAAGACAGACAGCUGGCUGUACCAGCUGGCCCUCAGUAUUGGUACACCCUACCGUUACAAUGUGAGUGGAACGGGGCAGUGGGAGGGAGGGCCCAACAAGGACACGCUCUACAUUUCCUCCCUCUACUUCACAAUGACAAGUCUUACCACCAUUGGAUUUGGCAACAUUGCUCCGACCACGGAUGGGGAGAAGAUUUUCUCUGUGGCCAUGAUGAUGGUGGGCUCCCUCCUGUAUGCCACUAUCUUUGGAAACGUCACCACCAUCUUUCAGCAGAUGUACACCAACACUAACCGCUACCAUGAAAUGCUCAACAAUGUGCGGGACUUCCUGAAACUUUACCAGGUGCCCAAAAGUCUGAGUGAGAGGGUCAUGGACUUCAUAGUAUCCACAUGGGCUAUGUCUAAGGGGAUAGACACAGAUAAGGUUUUGUCAAUUUGUCCCAAAGAUAUGCGGGCAGACAUCUGCGUCCACCUCAACAAACAAGUGUUUAAUGACCACCCAGCAUUUCGCCUUGCCAGUGAUGGCUGCUUGCGCUCUCUGGCUGUGGAGUUUCAGACGACACACUGUGCACCUGGAGACCUCAUUUUCCACAUAGGCGAGAGUGUCGACACCCUUUGCUUUGUAGUUUCCGGUUCACUAGAGGUCAUUCAGGACGAUGAGGUUAUUGCCAUUCUAGGUAAAGGCGAUGUGUUUGGGGACGUCUUCUGGAAGGAGGCCACAAUGGCUCGUGCUUGUGCUAAUGUGCGGGCAUUAACCUACUGCGACCUGCACGUCAUCAAAAGAGAGGCUCUGAUGAGGGUGCUGGAGUUUUAUACUGCUUUUGCCCACUCAUUUUCCCGCAACCUCAUCCUCACCUGCAAUUUACGUAAACGGAUAGUCUUCAGAAAGAUUGCUGAUGUGAAGAGGGAGCAGGAGCACCAGAGAAAUGAAGUCACUCUGUCCAUUCCUGACGACCAUCCAGUUCGCAAGCUGUUUCAGAAAUUCAAACAGCAGAGGGACGUCAACAUGUUGGGAGACACCCAGGCUUAUCUGCAGCACAACUGCUUGCAGGUGGAGCCCCAGCACCAUCAUCAGAGCGACUUGAACCCACACACACCAUGUCAGCCCCAAUCCUCUGAAAGGCAGCAGCAAUACAGCGCCGCACGGCAGGAAAACACAACCGGCACAGGUGGGGGAGAUACAGGCAUUGAGUUUAGCAUGGCUACUGUCUCCAAAAAUGCUCUCUCACGGGGCCCUCGAGCAUUUGUCCUCGCUGAGAAGUCAGACCAAAGCUGCAUGCAAGAGGCCGUGGAGCUGAGACCCUGGUCUUGCACGGUAGAUCAAAAGUGCAAGAAGGUCAGCAGCCCUGUACAGCCCAGGGUCAGAGGUGGAGAGGGCGCUGCGGGCAGUUUGGCAAGGGGCGGAGGUGGUCGAGGAUGGGCAAAGUUUAGAAGUGCAACUGUGGUUACACCAGCAACUCUUGCUGAUGAGCAAGAAAAGCAACCGCAGAAAGAAGAGGAGAACUGGGCCGAAGGGUCCCAAUCCUUUGAGCAAUUACGUCCCAACAGCAAAAAUCCGGAUCAGGAAGGUGGCGAGACGGGCAGUACAGGUGGGGGCAAUGGUGCAGGAGAGGGAGGGGAGGAGAAGAACACCCUACACAAAACUGACUCAUAUGACAGUGGCAUUACAAAGAGUGAUCUACGUAUCGACCAGGCUGGGGAUCCACGCAGCCCAUUUGAACGAAGUCCUUUGGAAAGGAGCCCAUUGGAGAGGAGCCCAUUUGAACAAAACCCUGGGGUUGAAACCGAGGCCUCGCUCAAACAUUCUUUUGUACAGUCCAUGUCUGAGCAAGCUCUCCUGCAAGCGACGCUGCACGCAGCCAAGCUGGAGCUGAAGGAGGACAUUCAGAUAUUAAGCGGCAGACUGUCAGUCCUUGAGUCUCAGGUGAGUCAGAUCCUCCGAUUGCUGUCAGUAAAAAGGAGGCUGUCACUGCCACAGACUUCAACCGCUAAGGCGAGAAACAAAAGCCAGGACUUUUUUGGUGUUCCUGGGCCGGUUACACCAGAGCGAGAAGAUGGGCCAUUUUGA